GUGUAUUAUGACAGACUUGACUAUUGCUUCAAGACAUCCAGUAGUUACACUCCUCGAGUGCCAUCCAUUGAAGGACAAGAUAUUGCUUUGCUGGAUGGCCACUCCUCCAGGAGCAACAAAGUUACAAAGUGUGCACAGGCUGCCAUGGGCAGGGGCUACAAAUACUUCGCUUUGUUCGAUAAUGGAGAAUGCCGAUCCUCCUGGACAGAGAGUGAUUACUCUUACUACGGCUAUGAGAGGACAACCAAUCAGUAUUGCUACUACUACUGUUAUUAUCAUUGUUACAGUAGGUGCUACUAUUAUUUAACGAAAUGUGGAAACGGAUAUGGUAGCUCUACAAAGAUGAACGUCUACACUUUUGACUACGGUAAGAAAGUUUAUCAGUAG